UAAUGAAUGGAUAUGUACUUUGGGUUUGGUCGGAAGUUGAGUAUGUAAAAUGGAAAUGUAGUUAGAUUUCUGGACCUAAUCCAAAAGAUCAUAAUUCUUUUCAUAUUGCAGAUGUAGAAACUAUUUAGGAUCAGACAUUGAUUACAUAAUUUAUAGAUUUACCUUAAUUUCUAGUGCAACUGGUACAAAUACAAAGUAAACACUUAGUACAAAUUGAACGCAAAAUAAAAUAUUUACUUGCUAUGCGAGUGCUCCACGUUCUAUUUUUAGAUAUUUCCUAUCCUGUUAAUCCUUAACAUUGGGAUUUGAUGAUCAUGUAGUACGAUAUUUGCAUACACUAUGCAUAUGUGUGCAUGCACUGUCGAAAUAGCUUGUCCUUUUUGCAUAAAAAUUAAAUAAAUAUGUACAAUUUGACUUCUUUCCAUCCUCGCAUUGUUAUUUUAGUGUAUCCCUUAAAUAAAUAUGAUUUUUCAGAAAUUCUAUGCUUCGAUCGAGAACUUGCUCCUGAGUGUAGAAAGUAUGAUUAUAGGCCCCGACUGAAAAUUAAUUCAGAAGCACAUUUUUUCUAAAUUUGUAAAUUAACCCUUAGCCGAGGAGAAACGGUAACUAUGUUUGGCGUUGCUGCGGGGCGUUUCGAUGACCACAAUUGUGAUCAUUCGGGAAGCCAAAAAAUAAUUAAAAUCUGACAAGUUCUAAAUCUGGAGACUUUUAUCAUAUGAGUUGCUUAGAUUCGGGAGGAUUUUAUAAAUGCUCAAUACGGGAGAACGGCAAAACACGUUAGGAGAAAAUUAGCUGCGGGACAACGUCAAUAAAUAUGGUACUUAAAUUGAUGAGUAUUAAAAUUUUACAGUGUAACAUUGUAAAGCAAAGUUGCAUUAUAAUUAGAGAAUUAUGAUGAACUAAAUAUGGUCUAUGGUGCAAGAUUUUGGGAUGCAAAACUACUCAAGACAUUUGUAAAAUUUAGCUAUUGGUCCCAAACCACACAUGUUUGUGGAUGUGCAUAAGGGGUUUUUCUUACUUGGAUCAAAAGUUCUUACUAAAUUUAUGCGUACAUUUGGUAUAUUUUAAUUUUUUAAUGCAGCCAAGAACUCAAUCUAGACGAGGAGAUUAAUUUGAUAAUUGAUGAGUUUGAUAAAAGGUGUAUAUAACCCCUUAUUAUUGGCGAAGCUAGUUUUACCUCAUAUUUUGUAUCUUAAAUGAUCCCAUAUACCUUUAUAAAUUAUCUUAGAUAGUUGGUGCACUAACCAAAAUAUUUGUCGAGCUUCUGGAAAAACCCGAAACUAAUUUCUCCCACUAGUUUUUCAUCAACGUUGAAAUUUAGCAAAAAUGAACAUGUCCUGGCAAACCAAGAUUACACGAGAUGGGUGUGCUUUGGCCUCAAUAACUUUCCGUUAUAAAUUUCUUGAAUAGUUUUAGCAGUUAGUGAACCAGAGUCAAAAAUUUUGCAUGCAACCCAUCCUAUGCAAAGCAGGGGCGAAGUUAUAUGAAAGUGACCUAGUGUUACCACGGACGAUUCUGAUCCAAGGCCCUAAAAAUUUUAGUUUUUAGUGCCAACGUGUUUUGCCGUUUCCCGAAUCAGCUAAAUAAUUUUUACCACGGAAAUAUCCGUUGUCCCGCACCUGACAUGGAAACGUGAAAACGUGAAAAGCCGUUGACCCCGAAGGCAGAGACUUUUCUUGUGAACGGCUUUUCACGGUCUCCCGAAUUAAAGCAAAAAGUCUAAAACGUUUUAAAACGGUCUCCCAUGGCUAAGGGUUAAUAUUGAAGUAGCAUAUAAGUAAAUCGAGUGAUGUGAGUUAUGUAUUUUUGGUCGAUAAUAAUGUAUCGAGUCGACCAAAAUAUAGAUUUUUGAAUAGGAAUGAACUAUGACAACAGUUACCCAACAAUUAUGCAUUGUUUAUUUGUCACACAUGUUUUGCAAUAUUCAAUCAGACUUAAAAUUCAGUAGUGUAAAUAUUUCAAAUAUUUUAAAUUUAAAGCUUCUUCUCAGCUUUGACACUUUUAAAGAAAAUCAAGCUUUUUUCAUCCAUGUCACUUUUCUACAAGUAUGGAAAAAACAUUGCACGACAUUUUCGCUCAACCACCAGAAGUAUUAGCACAGAACAGACGUCGCCACGCAUCCUCAUUACGGGUAAAGCAUUUAGGAUGGGAAAAUACAUGCUCUUUGGGCCAACUGGGCUCCGGUCUUGCUGUCAUUCUACGGGAAAAGUAUGGCAAGGAGAAUAUAAUCACAUCGGAUAUCAGGAAACCUUCCUCGGAAAUCGCAUCCCGUGGUCCAUCCAUCUUUCUGGACGUCAUUGACUUUCAAAAUCUCGAAAGAAUCGUAGUCAAUCACAGGAUCGACUGGAUCAUUCACUUUUCUGGAAUUCUGUCCGCUGUUGCUGAAGCGAAUGUGCCUCAGUCAAUGAGGGUUAACAUUGGUGGUAUGCACAAUAUGAUGGAGGUUGCCAAACAGCACGGUCUCCGCCUCUUCAUCCCAUCCACGAUAGGAGCCUUUGGUCCAGAAUCACCUAGAAACCCGACCCCAAAUUUGUGUAUUCAACGACCUAAAACUAUCUACGGCGUGGCCAAGGUUCACGCUGAAUUGCUGGGGGAAUACUAUCAUGCAAAAUAUGGACUGGACUUUCGCUGUCUCCGGUUCCCAGGGGUCAUCUCCUCUGACUCUGUGCCUGGUGGGGGAACAACAGACUACGCUGUCCACAUUUUCCAUCAAGCUCUGAAAGAGGGCAAAUACACUUGUUACCUCAAACCCACCACACGUCUGCCCAUGAUGCACAUUGAUGAUUGUCACAGAUCCGUGGUUGAAUUCAUGACCAAGGCUUCCGACACUCUGCCUGGACGGACGUAUAACGUGACAGGUGUCUCAUUUACACCGGAAGAACUUGAGCAAGAGAUCAGAAAAUUCAUUCCAAACUUCGAAAUCAUUUACCUCCCUGAUCACCGUCAGGAUAUUGCUGAUUCGUGGCCACAAGUGCUUGAUGACUCCUGUGCCAAAAACGACUGGGGCUGGGAAGCAAAAUACGGGCUGAAAGAAAUUGUUGAAACUAUGUUGCGAGAUCUAACACCGUUCUACAAGACCACCAGUAAUAUAAAGUAGUGAUAUGCAUAAAGUCGUCAAUUAAAGUAAUUUUAUAUGAUCAAAAAUAAACAAUUUGCUACAGUAU